ACUGGAAAUAAAUAAUAACCGUGGAAGAUGCGAACGUUCAAAUUAACAAGAGCACCUCAGGUCAGUUCUGCUUUAAGCCAAGGAAAGAGAAUCUUCAUGAAUAGUGACCCAAGGUCAGUGUGGUGGACUUUACUGGUAGCCUCUGUUUUGGCUAAAGCUUUUGGCAGUUGUCCCCGAAACACAUUGUCUGUCUAUAAGGUGUCCCUUGUCACUGAAUGGUCGGAAGAAAAUUUUCCAAACCAAUACCCUCAAUGGAGACCUCACGCCCAGUGGUCAAAGGUUGUAGGCCGUUCUCAUAAUAGUAGCUACAGCUUCUGGAGACUUGGUGAUGUGGCUUCCGAAGGCUUCAAGACGUUUAUAGAUGACGGAAGGUCGGAUAUUUUGGACCGGUCUUUCCAAGGUGUAGGAGGAAUUUAUGACGUGUUCUCAGCUCCGCCAAUAGAUGGCGGUGUUGGUCGUACCCAAGCCGAGUUCUUCGUUGAUAGUAAUCAUUCAAAGGUUUCCCUGGCUUCUCGGAUCAUACCGAGCCCUGAUUGGUUCGUCGGUGUGAGCAGUUUUGAUACGUGUGUAAAUGGUAAAUGGUUAGAUAGAAUUAAAUUAGAUGUGGGCCCUCUAGACGCUGGUACUGAUAACGGUUUUACAUUCACCGCUCCAAGAUGGGAGACAGAGCCGAGAAUUAAAAUCUCGCGAAUCACAUCUCGCCAUCCCAGCCAUCCAGCCAGUUCUUUCUACUACCCUCUUCUUGAAAAGCUUCCCAGAAUAGCCGUCUUCGAGUUUACCAAAACCAAAACCUAUGAACUGAACGAGAUAUUUUCUCGCGGGAAAAAACACGCCGUUGACGACAAAGAAUCAAAAGGAGAAAACACUGUAUUCCUGAAACAAGUGGAUACCAACACAGUCAACUACGAGGGCACUUUCGAGGGUUUACGAAUCAAAAUCAUCGGAGGUGAUAAGCAAAAAGAAGAGGUGGAAAAAUCGAGAAGGCUUCGAACUAGAAAACUGAUAAAAGUAUUGAAAGACAAGAGAGGACUUGAGACUCGUUCAAGAUUUCGAUCCCAGCUUCGCCCGUGUCGGGUCAGCAACUGGUCUGACUGGUCAUCCUGUAGCAAUGGUUGUGGCUUUGGAAGGACCAUUCGCACGAGGAAGGAGGUGAGUCGUGGAGGGUUACCUUGUCCAAGACUAGAAGAGUCACGAUGGUGUCACGGGAGGAGAAGGUGUCAACAAAAGAAACGUUACUUCUUUUGGUAGAGAGAGAAACCAGAUGUAGGCAGAUUCAAACCCACCUCACACUGAAAUAACCAACUUCUCAAUAAUCGGUAUGACACGUCUAAAACAUUGUUACCGGGUUGAUUGGUUAAUUAAAUCCAUUUGAGUUAAUCCAACCCAUUUCACACUCAAAUAACCAACUUCUUAACAAUCGGUUUGACACGUCUAAAACAUUGUUACCGGGUUGAUUGGUUAAUUAAAUCCAUUUGAGUUAAUCCAACCCAUUUCACACUCAAAUAACCAACUUCUUAACAAUCAUUUUAACCGGAUAUGAGAUGCCAGAAAUGAUGUAAAAUCGCCUCUAGAUGAAGAGGUAGAUUUGGAAAUUUAUCGUAUUUCAACAAUCUAUAAAAGCUAAUGCAGAAUGCCAUUUCUCGUGUCUAAGUCUGCCAUAUUUUAACUUGUUAACCGAGGUCUAUA